AUGUUCAAAACAGAAUAUGAAAUAUCUUCUUCCUCUCUAAGUUCACGUCGAAGUUCCUUAGCUUCUGUCCUAAGCAGCUCAUCAGUUUCAACUUUUGCUCAAAAUACUUGUCAAAGCACUUCCUUAUCUAAUCCAAAUGCAGAUGAGUUUGCGCUUCAGGAGUGCAUUAAAAUUAUCAAAUCUAAUGUGGAAGACGUUGUAACUAACAAAGCCAAUAAAAAUGAGAAAAAAUGGUGGAUCGACGGAAAUUACAAAUUUAUUGACGAAAAAAGACUCCCACUGAUCCUUGUGGAAGAUGUAAGCUAUAAAGAGUUUGAAAAAAAAUGCGAACGGGCGAAUGCAUCAAGGUUCUGGGAAUAUCGGAGUGGAACUGUAAUAAUAAUCGAGUUACCGAAACGUGAUCAUGAGGUUACUCAUGGUGAAUUUGUUAGACAAUUUUUAAAUGCUUUUUCUAAUUUGCAAUAUCAAGACCGAGUUAGAUGUACCGGAGCAAUUACUUGUUCUGCUACUCCGGAACAUAUAGCCAGAGGAUCUAAACAGGCGGAUGCUUCAUUUGUACCAAGACUUCUCCCUAUUCCAUCUCAAAAUCCGUGUGAUUCUGAGGGUACUCCUUGGCCAACCGUCAUUGUUGAGGUGGCUGAUUCACAAAGUCUUGCAAGUAUUAUCCAAAAGACCACCCAAUUCUGGUUGGCUCCAGAUCGUUGUGAAGAUGUUAUUAUAUUAAAAUUAUGGAAAUGGAAUAGAACUUACCAUAAUGGAAUCCCAAGGCGCCGUUUAACAGUUCGAACAAGUCCUCAAAAUGGAGAUGUGAAUUACCUACCGGUUCAAAUAAUUGAAUUCGGAACUAUUGAUGGAGAAAAUCGACUAUAUAAUCGAUGCUCUGCUCCAGGAAUGUGUACUUUAAGAAUUUCACCACAUUGUAUUUACAGAGGAUGUCCUCAUCAAAAUCCACCGCUUCCACAAUAUCCGUUUGAAAAUGAUGUUAUUAUCGACUUAUUUCUUAUACAGCAGGAAAUUAUUAAUUAG